CACAGAAGAAGCUUUUAAGCACAACACAAAUUCCAUCCGUGUCCCCUUCCUCUUCUGCUCUCUCGCACUCACACACAUCAACAAUUGAAGCGUUCUGUUCAUCUCAACUCAAGGGCGAACAAAUUCUACCAAUCUAUCUAUCUAUCAGUCAACCUCGCUCUCUCUGCAAUCGGAAGAGGAAACCCUAAAAUUCAGAGGAGAUGCAACAGGGAGAUUUCAGCUCUCCUUAUUACCAGCAGUACCAUCCGCCACCUCACCUCCAAAACCCGAGCCCUAGCCCUAGCCCAAUCGAUCCGCAGCCUAAUCUUUUGCCCACAACCUACGCCUCUGCACCUCCUUUCGCCCCCAACUAUUCUUCAUCAUCUGAUUACCCAGGUUUUUCCUCGGCGUACCCUCCAUAUUCACAGACUCCCGAUCCUGCUCCCAACCUCCCUCCCACCGCUCCGACCUACGCACAAACCCCCAUGCAAUCCUUCAAUCCUUCCCCUCAGCUUUCUUCUCCCUAUCCAGCUUUCCCUCCAGCGCCGGCAGCGGCACCGGAGCCCCAAGCGCCUUACCCAGCUCCGCUACAGCAAUCUCCAUAUUACCCACCGUAUGAUCAGCAUCAGGCAGCUCCGAAUUAUGGUCCCUCUCCACCCUCUUCGAUUCCUCCGAUGACCGCAGCUCCCAUCUCCAAUCCGAAUCCCUCGUUUUCGGCGCCGUAUUCGACCUCCUAUACCCAACUCGGUUCUUCGUUGCCGCCGCACAUGUAUGAAAGCUCUAAUGAAAGUGGCGUGAAAUUCGAUUAUGGUGGUGGUGGUUAUAUUGAUGAGAGUUCCGCUCGGUACGGUGGUCAAGGCCUGUACGGUCGAAGCCGCUCUGAUUUCUACGACAGGAGACCCGAAAGCGCGAUGCAUUACGAUCGAGGUGGCCUUCGUGAUGAUGGGCUUGGAGAUGGUGUUUAUGCUUAUGAUGGUGGGAGGGGGGAUCUCUACGGUGCUCGAAGCACUGCCUCCAAGUCUUCAACUUGGUCGGCCUUCGAUGAUUAUGGGAGAUCAGUGAGCGUCCCCUCGGCUGGAAAGGACCAGAUGAAUUCUGGUUCUCCCAAGAUUGUGAGAGCUGUUCCGAAAGCAGAGACGCAGUCAGACGUCAAGAAUGGAGUGCAAAAAUUCCGGGUUAAGCUUCUGCCCGAAGGAUCGAGCCAGGGUACCAUGGAUGUUCUUUGCCAGAUUGGUUUGGAUGGGAUUCGUAUGCUUGAUCCCAAUACUAGUCGUUCAUUGAGAAUAUACCCACUUGAGACAGUGACAAGAUGGGAAGCCAACUCGUCAAUCUUUACUUUUUGGUCCAAAAGCUCUGUUGACAUUGAACCAAGACGCAUAAGGCUGCAGUCGAACAGCUAUACCACCAACACCAUUCUUGACACUGUGACAGCUGCAACUGUUCAGAUAAAGGAGAUGGGUGGAAGAUUUAAACCUUCUGACACUGUGAAGACAUCUGAACAACCUGCUGAGAGGAAGAAAGGUCUUGCUGAUUGGAUGAACAUAAUAAAGCCUGGCACUGUGGAGAAAGAUCAUUGGGUCCCAGAUGAGGCGGUUAACAAAUGCACAUCUUGUGGGACAGAUUUUAAUGCUUUUGUGAGGAGGCAUCACUGCCGGAACUGUGGGGAUAUAUUUUGUGACAAGUGCACCCAUGGUAGAAUUGCUCUCACUGCAGAUGAGAAUGCGCAGCCUGUUAGAGUUUGCGAUCGAUGCAUGGCGGAAGUUACUCAAAGGCUGAGUAGUGCAAAAGAAUCAGCCAGCAAGCCUGCUGGAUUGCACAGUCAUGAGGAUCUUGCAAAGAAGCUUCAGGAAGAAAUGGACCGAAACCGUAAGGCAUCAUCAGGUUCGAAAUCUGACGGAUCUGGGAAGCGGAUGAGAGAAGUUGCUUGUCCUACUUGUACUGUACAUCUGCAGGUCCAAGUUCCAAGCUCCGGUUCUGAAACCAUCGAGUGUGGGGUUUGCCAGCACCCAUUUCUUGUUGGUGCUCAUUGAGCUGCCUCAGACAAUGCUGUGUGUUUAUAAUGUUACAGCAACAGCAGUCAAUUAACACUGAAGCAGAAAUAUUCAUGGUUUUAACUUUCCAAUCUAAUUUGUUUCGACUCUGGUUGCACUUGAUAUUCAUUAGCCACUGGAUUUCUGGAACUUGUGUAUACUUAUCUCCAGUUCUGUACAUUUCGGUUGAUGUUUUGAUGUAUCUAUUAAUGCGAAAUUCAUCUAGUAAAAUCAAGACAAGUUUUGUUCAUGAA